GGACUCUACCACUCAAUCUGUUCUCAUGUUCGACUAUCCAAAUGACGACAUAAUAUCGAUUCGGGCCAACUCUGUUGAUGUAGCUAAAUACCUAAAAUAUCAUGGAAUUUCCGAUUCAGUUAUUGACAUUUUCACUAAAAACACAAUUGAUGGAUUAUCAUUUUGUUUACUAACAGAGAAAGAUUUAUGUGAAAUGGACAUCAAAGAAGUUGGUGUAAGAAAACGUAUUAUGUGUUUAUGUUACUUUUGGCGUCAUCAAGUUGAAAAUCAUAAUUAUGAAGAAUAUACUUUUCCAAGAUUACCAAGUGAAAACUCUGUAGUCGAUCUGUUAUGUUGCCAUGAUCCUAAAGUCUAUAGAGUACAAAAAGACCCAUGCAAAUUAAAUGGAGAUGAUAAUAUAAAUUGUACAGCAGACACUACGUUUUUAAAUGAUUACGAUUAUGGAAUAGAUGAAGACAAUACAAAUCCUUGGAAAUUUAUAACCAGUUGUUUAUAUUUCAUUUUUUCUACAUGUGUUACAGCAUUUGUGAUAGUUUUAGUCCAUGAACGCUUACCUGUCACAUCGAAAUAUCCUCCGUUACCAGAUAUUUUUCUGGAUAAUCUUCCUCAUAUUAGUUGGGGAUUCAUUGCAGCAGAAGUGGUCAUCAUUAUAUUAUCUUUGAUUUGGCUAAUUAUACUUAUUCUACAUAAAUAUCGUUGGAUACUAUUACGUCGUUUCUUUGUGCUUAUGGGUACGAUAUUUUUAUUAAGAUCAAUUACUAUGUCGAUAACUUCAUUAAGUGUUCCUGGAGUGCAUUUAACAGAUCAAUGUAGUCCGUAUGUAAUUGAAAAUUAUACACAACGCUUCAAACGUGUAUUCGAAAUAUGGAUUGGUCUUGGUUUAUACAUUACAGGAUUACGAACUUGUGGUGAUUAUUUAUUUAGCGGUCAUACAACUUGUCUUACUCUACUCAACUUUUUUAUUAGUGAAUAUACACCAAGAAGAUUUCAUCUUUUGCAUACAUUUACAUGGGUUCUAAAUCUUUUUGGUGUGUUUUUCAUACUUGCCUGUCAUGAACAUUAUUCUAUUGAUGUAUUCAUUGCUAUAUAUAUUUCAUCAAGAUUAUUUCUAUAUUAUCAUUGUCUUGCUAACAAUAAUUUAUUAAAUCAACCAAAUAAUGAACGUAUAAGAAUAUGGUUCCCAUUAUUUUCAUUUUUUGAAUAUGAUGUACGAUCAGUUGUACCGAAUGUAUAUGAAAUACCAUUUAAAGAUUAUUACAAUAAUAAAUUUAAUCACAAUAAUAAUAAUAAUAAUCAUAACAGUAGCAGGAGCAGUGGUAGCAGUAAUCCUACUAAUGGUAACAGUAGUUGUAGCAGUAAUAUUACUGAUAAUUACAAUCAAAAUAAUUGUCAAAGGCAAAUGAAUAAUAUUCGUCGUAGACCUAAACAUUGUCCAUUACACACCUAUACUAAUAAUAGUAAUGAUUAUUCAUCAUUCAAUAAUAUAUCACAAACAUUAGGAAGUACAUUCAUUACAAAACGUGGUGAGAUUUUUUGCAAAAAGGAAUCCUAGUGAUAUUUUUUUUUAAUGCUUAUUACUUUUCAACCUUUAAAUUCUUACAAAAUUUUAUAAUUAUUCUUAUAAAACUAUUUUACUGUGAUGAACAGUCAGUGAGUGCAUUGUGUCAUUUAUUUUAAAAAUUCUUAAUAAUAAUUUGUAAACAUGUAAUCGAUCCAUUUAUUUUUUUAAUAUACAUAUACAUAUAUAUAUAUUUAUACAUAAA